AUGCUUCUCCUUUUAGUUACGUUGUUGGCUUCCAUUGUCCUGUUUCUUUACCGGAGAAGGUCUCAUCGUGUUAUCAAUUGGGUCGUUUUUGGCAUGACCCCGGAUCUCAUUCUAAAUGCUUACCGUGUUCAUGAUUUCUUCACAGAUCUCAUCAAAUUGAGACAUGGUACUUUCUUGCUUAAAGGUCCUUGGUUUGCCAACAUGGACAUGCUCCUCACCUCCGACCCAGCUAACGUUCACCACAUCUUAAGCAAGAACUUCCCCAACUAUCCCAAAGGUCCCGAGUUCCGUAAAAUCUUUAAUAUCCUUGGAGAUGGAAUCUUUAACUCCGAUGAUGAGUUAUGGGAAAUCCACAGGAAAACAACCAUGUCUCUACUCAAACACCCCGACUUCAAUCUGCACCUGGAAGCAAAUAUCAGGAACAAGAUUGAGAAAGGGCUUUUACCUCUCCUUGAAUUUGUCUCCCAUGAUCAACAAGAGACCGAUUUGCAGGAGAUAUUUCAAAGGUUUACAUUUGAUGCUAUCUGUCUAUUGCUUUUAGAUUAUGAUCCUGAAACCCUGUCUCUGCAUUUACCAUAUAAUGCAUGUGAGAAGGCCUUCACGGACGCAGAAGAAGCUCUUCUAUGGAGGCAUCUGUUGCCGGAAAAAGUUUGGAAGCUGCAACACAGAUUCACUAUAGGCAAGGAGAAGAAGUUGAUCGAAGCUUCUAAGGCUUUUGAUGAAUUUAUAUAUAAAUGUUUGUCAAGGAAAGAAAACGAGCUCACUGAUGUUGAAAGAGUAGAGAAGGAGGUCGGAUUGUUAAAGUUCUUGAUCACUAGUUUCCAAGGACAAACAGGGACUUCAGGGAACUCAAGAACCGUAGAGAACAAGAUCCGAGAGGAGAUUGAGAAGCAAGUGGGAGAUUCAAAAUGGAAAUAUCUUAAUGCAAAAGAGUUGGAGGGACUGGUGUAUCCUGGAGGUUUAUGUGAAGCAUUAAGACUCUAUCCCCCUGUCGCUUUGGAGCACAAGGCACCAUCGGACGCAGAUGUACUCCCAAGUGGGCAUGUAGUUAAUAAGCACAGCAGGAUAAUUCUGUCGUUCUAUUCAAUGGGAAGGAUGGAAUGGAUAUGGGGGAAGGAUUGCUUGGAGUUUAAACCGGAGAGAUGGUUUUCAGCGAGAGGAGGGGUAAAACACGAACCAUCUUAUAAAUUUACAGCGUUUCAUGCGGGGCCACGAACGUGCUUGGGUAAGGAAAUGGGUUUAAUUCAGAUGAAAAUGGUGGCGACUGCAAUCAUUUAUCAUUACCAUGUAGAGUUGGUUAAGGAUCAAGAGGUUUGUCCAGCUGAUUCUAUUAUACUCCAAAUGAAAUAUGGUUUGAAGGUUAGGCUCUUCCCUCUCAGAGAGAUCAAAACUUAA